AUGGAUCAAGAUGGAUACCCUAUCUAUCAUCGUCGCAAUAAUGGUCAAGUACAUACUGUGAGGGGACAAGAAGUUGAUAAUAGGGAUGUCGUACCAUACAAUGCAUAUCUUUCUAAACUUUUCAACUGUCAUAUAAAUGUGGAAGUUUGUGCCGGAAUAAGAUGUGUCAAGUAUAUACAUAAGUACAUUUAUAAGGGUUAUGAUUGUACAAUGAUGGUGUUAGGAAUGAUAAAUGAGAUUCAAAAAUAUCUUGAUGCAAGGUAUAUUGGACAUCCAGAAGCUGCUUGGCGAAUAUUUGGUCAUCAUUUGCAUGCAGAGAUGCCAAUAGUUGUACGAUUAGCACUUCAUUUACCUGGAAUGCAUCGUGUUGUUUUUAACCUAGAAGAGUCAUUAGAAACGAUUCAAUCUAGAGCUGGUCAACAAAUGUCAACUCUUACUGGCUUCUUUGCAUAUUGUGCUGCCAGUGAAGAUGAAUGUUCAUUCACUUAUCAAGAAUUUCCACAACAUUUUGUUUGGCUCAAGUCAAAAAAAAGGUGGAGAUUAAGAGAAAGGGGAUAUGCAAUUGGUAUAAUGUACUUUGCUAGCCCUAAUUGUGGUGAAAGACUUUAUCUGUGUUUGUUACUAACCGUUGUCAAUGGACCAAAGUCGUUUCAGUCUUUACGCACGGUCGAUAAUGUUGUGCAUGAUACAUUUAAAUUAGCAUGUGUUGCAAGGGGGCUUUUAGAAGAUGAUAAAGAAUGGAUACAAUGCUUGAAAGAGGCUGCAGUUAUGAAAACUGAAUAUCAAUUGAGGAGAUUGUUUAGAAAAAUUUUAAUUGACUUCCCACCCAUGCCACAACUUACUGCAAAUUGGAGCGCAGUAGUUGGGAAAACAUUUAUGUACAAUCCAAUUGCAUUAAAAUGUCGCAGCCUUGGGCAUAUCGUUGUUAUUGUGGCUUCAUCUAGAAUUGCAUCAUUGUUACUGGUAGGAGGCCGCACUGCACAUUCAAUAUUUUCCAUUCCGUUAGAUGUCCUGGAAAAUUCACUUUGUGGGUUUAGCAAACAAUCAUUACAAUCUGAGUUAUUUAGAGAAACAAAACUCAUAAUUUGGGAUGAAGUUCCUAUGCAACAUAGACAUUGUGUUGAAGCGGUUGAUCGUACAUUAAGGGAUAUUUGUGAUAGUGAAAAGCCAUUUGGGGGUAUUACUGUUGUUCUUGGUGGAGACUUUCGACAAAUCUUACCAGUUAUACCCAAAGGAGUUCAUGAGCAAAUUGUGAAUGCAUCAUUAAGACACUUUGUUCUAUGGAAGCAUAUACUUAUCUUAACUUUGGAUUUGAAUAUGUGUUUGAAUCAUGAAGGCCAUGAAAAUGUUAAUUUUGUAAAUUUCUUGAUGGAGGAUUGGAUCAAAAAUUCUAUGGAGCUUAAAAGGAGAAAUACGACUAGCUUGCUUCGAUGGGGAUGUAAUAAGAUUGUUGUGCAUGUUCCUCAUUGGGGAUGCAUACAAGUUAAUACAAAGACUUUUGGAAAUUAUAAUUUGAUUAGCAGCAGUAACACUAACUAG